AUGGUAAGUAGACAGGCAACCUAUGGAUUAACCAUGCUUUAUUUUUUGGCAUUGAUUGGAAUUGCUGUGGGCAAAUCCAACCGAAUACUUGAAUUGAUUGUUCAUCUCCCUCUUAUAUUUUUGAAUUUCAUACUGAUGAUGCUUCUAAUAUCAGCCGGACAACAGCUCUAUCAAAAAAACCUCUGA